AUGAGCCGCACCCCGACGGAAAACCACGAGCUGCGGCAAGUGUCCCCGGCCGAAGGCCCUCACAAGAGCCUGCCGCGGGGCGACAUGUCGCAGCGCGAGUACGAAGACCGCGUGCAGCUGAUGCGUCUGGGCAAGAAGCCGGCCCUCAAGCGCAACUUUAGCUUCCUCACCAUCCUCGGCUUCAGCUGCGCCGUGCUCGUCACCUGGGAGGGCACGCUGAUGAGCUUCUCGCCGGGGCUGGACAACGGCGGGCCGGCCGGGCUCGUCUACGGCUUCCUCUUCGUGUGGGCCGGCAACCUGACCGUCUUCUCGACGCUGUGCGAGCUCGUGUCCAUGGCGCCGACCUCGGGCGGCCAGUACCACUGGGUGUCCAUGCUCGCGCCGCGCGCCGCCGCCAACUUUCUCAGCUACAUGACCGGCUGGCUGACCGUCGCCGGCUGGCAGGGCACCGCCGCCUCGGGCGCCUACCUCGCCGGCAGCAUGCUGCAGGGCCUCGUCACCUUCACCAUGCCUGCCUACGGCGGCCGCACCUGGCAGGGCACCCUCAUCGUCUGGGCCGUCGUGCUCGUCGCCGUCUUCAUCAACACCGUCGUCAGCUCCGCCCUGCCCAAGAUUGAGGGCAUGAUCCUCGUCCUGCAUAUUGUCGGCUUCUUCGGCGUCCUCAUCACCCUCCUCACCUUUGGCGCCCAAGGCGAUGCCGACGACGUGUUUGCCACGUUUCGCAACGGCGGCGGCUGGCCGACCCAGGGACUCUCGUUCUUCGUCGGCCUGCUCGGGCUUAUCUUUUCCUUUGCCGGUGUCGACUGCUCGUUUCAUAUGUGCGAAGAAGUCCAGAACCCGUCCGUCGCCGUCCCCCGCUCCAUCAUGGGCAGCCUCGUCAUCAACGGCCUCAUGGGGCUGUCCAUGGUCAUUGCCAUGCUCUUCGCCGCCACCAACAUUGAAGCCGCGCUGACCUCGGAAAGCGGCUACCCGUUCAUCGAAAUCUUCUUCCAGGCCACCGGCUCCCGCGUCGGCACCGCCGUCAUGGCCUCGCUCAUCAUCUUCAUGACCAUUUCCGCCGUCGUCGGCGUCAUCGCCACCACAUCGCGCAUGUUCUGGGCCUUUGCCCGCGACCGCGCCAUGCCCGCCUGGCGCACCCUCUCCAAGGUUGACCAGACCACGCACGUCCCCGUCUGGGCCAUUGGCGUCACCAGCCUCAUCUCGUGCCUGCUCGCCCUCAUCAACAUUGGCUCCACCGUCGUGUACAACGCGCUCGUAUCGCUGUCCAUCUCCGGGCUCUACUCGUCCUACCUCAUCGCCGCCUCGCUGCUGCUCUGGCGCCGCUGCACCAACGGCUUCGUCGCCGCCGACACGAGCGCCGCCGCCGCCGACGACAGCCGGCUCCUCGUCUGGGGACCGUGGCACGUGCCCGGCGUCGCCGGCGUCGUCAACAACGCCCUCGCCUGCGCGUACCUGCUCACCAUGCUCUUCUUCAGCUUCUGGCCGCCCGCGCCCGUCCACGACGCCAAGGACAUGAACUUUAGCGUGCUGAUGACGGGAUCCGUCGUCAUCUUCAGCACCGUGUACUAUCUGGUCUGGGCAAAGAAGGAAUACAAGGGACCUAUUCGCGAAGUAUAA